AUGGGAGGCGGCGCGAGUAAACCAGCAAAACAAAACACGACUCCAGAGGAAUCAAAGCCCCAUGGGCCCACGGAAAGUGUGGAUGGGUCGUCCCCACGGAAGACGUCUGAACAAGGUCCCCAGUCUCUGGGACCCCCACAAGGAGAGGGGGAGGAGGUGGAGGAAAAGCUCGACAUUCCUGACUACAUCGACAUCCUCCAAGAAAACACAGAGGAUGUGAAUGACAUACCUGUUGUACAAGAUGGUUAUCCUCCUCCAAAACCAGCCUCAAACCGGAAGUCGGACAUCUUAAGAGCAGCUGAUAUUGCCGAGGGAGAUAAGAGAGCCAGAAAGAUUAAACCCGAGGAUGCUAAUACGUUUGAAGAUCUUGCGGCGUUGCUAACGAAAGGAAUGUCACGUGACGUCCAGCAAGUACGCGCAAUAUUCUCCUGGGUCAUCGGACAGAAUGUUCAAGAAAUAAAAUUUCCUGAAAAUGUGAUUCUUAACUCCCCGAUGCAGAUUCUGAAGCGCAUGAAAGAGGGAAAAUCAUCAUAUACCACGCUUUUCACUCUUCUUUGUCGAGCAGCGAAAAUUCCUUGUGCCAUUAUUCAUGGGUUCGCUAAGAGCGCUGGAUAUGAAGUCGGCCAGACAGAACUGGAAAACCUCCGCAACAUGUGGAAUGCAGUCUACAUCAAUGGUGGAUGGCGCUUCGUAUUUCCGUUGUGGGCGUGUAAGGUAGUGGUUGGGCAUAGCACAGGGAAAUGGACUCUUGUGGAAGCAAAAGGUAAAGGGGUUCGUGAGAAGAUGCCAGCUUCCACAGGAGAGAGCGUCAGUACACUUAAUGAUUAUUACUUCCUCCCUGACGCAGAAGAGUUCGUAUACCGGUGUUUCCCGGACAACCCCGAGUGGCAGCUACUGAGAAAACCUAUCUCAAAAGAUGAAUUUGUAGAGAUGCCAUACUGCCGACCGUCUUUCUUUGAGUAUAAGGCAAAGGUUGUAAGUAAACCCAAGUGUGUUCUCAUUUCUGAAGACGGGCUGUGUAACAUAUGCUUAAAGAGUUCCAUCAUAGAAGACAUAAUGAUGACGUAUGAAUUAUUCUAUAAUGACGAAGAGUCGAACUCCCCAAUUUCCUCGGAAGUUCAGUUAGAUAAAUACGUCGCUGUACUGAACCAGAAUGGUAAAGUGGCUUUCAAGAUUCGAUUUCCUAGUCCUGGAGUUUAUAAAAUUGACGUUCACGGGAUUUUGAAAGGGGAUGCAAUGUCCUGGUUGUGUUCAUUCAAACUCAUAUGCAAAAAUGCCAGGAUGGACAUUAAACCUUUUCCAUGUAACCCGGAUGUUGGGUUUGGGCCAAAUUUUAAAACUGAACUCGCAGGACUGAAGGCUGAAACACAUCAUGAUAGUGUUAUAAGCUUUCACAGCAAACGGGAAACGGAAAUAAAGUUUAUAAUGACAAAAUAUGUGCAAGUACAAAGUCAUUACAGUAUGGAUAGUCACCAGUUAAAGAAUUUCGUCUCUACAAGGGUGGUAGGGAAUCAACUAUGCAUUGGGUUGGCGAUACCACAGAAAGGGGAGUUUGGUUUGCAGAUUAACACGAAGGGGAAUGAAGACAAAGAAUUCCAAAAUGUUUGUAACUAUUUACUGGAAGCACAAGAUGGGGAAAGAAAACAUCGAACCUACGAGACUGCGUCAGAGAAAAAAGCGAGGGUUGAACUAAAGGUGUCGCUUCGGUCGAAAGAUCCGGUAGUUAUCAAGCGUGCUAUAGAUCAAUUUGCCAAAUUUGAUCUGGACGAUAAAGGGGAAUUAAAGAAAGCCCAGGACAAGAUUGAAUAUCUCAAGCUAUCAAAAGGACUAAGAGACAGUGUUAACAGAAGGAAUGUUGAAGCUCUGGAAGAAAACCUCCAUCAGGCAAAAUCUUCAAAAUUUGAACACAAACUACAGUCCUUAAUCCAGAAAGCUGAAGAUGUGUUGGCGGAUCUACAGAAGACGAAGAGGUACGCCCACGAGAUUCUGGAAAUGAACCUGGUAACCGUUACAGAAUUGCGUAACUACCAGACUCCAAAACCCAUCGUUCACGACGUGAUGAAAGCCGUGUUUACACUACUUGGAGAACGAAAAGAAAUGCUGGAGGAUUGGAGAGAUGUCCAGUAUUUGAUGAGGAGGACCGGAAAAGAAUCUCUUAUGAACAGGAUAAAGAAAUUCGACAAGGUCCACGUAGAAGAGAACUCGGCCAAUCUGGCUUCGCAGUUUCUGAAUCCAUAUGACGAGGAUAUGGCGCAUGCGACCAGCGCCGGAUGUGGAACAUUUUAUGUUUGGGCCAGCAACAUAGUUUCUGAUUUUACGACAUCUGACCAUAGUGAUUCUCGACAUCAUGCCCCUAAGAGUCGUUCCAGAAAUCAUUCGAACAUAAAUACAUCCGCUAUGAAAAGUCGCUCCAGAAAUCAUUCGAACAUAAAUGCAUCCGCCAAAAUACAUCCGUCCAAAAAUGAAGAUGAAGAUGAAGGCGUGGUUAGUGAUCAAGGACAAUCAGAACAGCUUAGUGACCAAAAUGCUGACCCGUCAGACGAAAAUCAAAUUCAAGAACCCGACGAAGGGUAUCAGUCUUGAUCGACUCAAGUUUUAAUAUAAUUGACUUCUUAUAAGAUCUUGAAAUACAAAUGGUGAA